GGCCUCGCAUUUCCCUAGUUUCACCAUCCAUUGCCAUUAUCGCCUCCUCUUACACCAUCGUUCUCCUAUCUCAACAAUCUUUCAAUCAGCCUUCAACCGGUCCUACUACAAGGCAGUGGCAGAUCAUAAAAAAAGAGAAGGAAGAAAGACAAAAAGAAAGCGACUUGGUUGGAGGAGGCCUUACUCCGCAUUUGCAAUGGGAAACGUCUCGUCUGUCGAGACGCUGACGUCUCACGAUCCCACUUCUCGCCAUGUCGUCACAUCGAAGCCGACCAAGAGACAGCCCCAGAAGCUCUCCAAGCCGCGUGUUGGCAACCACGUUGCAUCUCGCAACCAGAGCUCCUUCAUUGCUGUCUCCCCCUCGUCCAGCGCCUCUCAGUUGCCCACGAAUCCCAACGUGGGCCCUCUGGCGACCCGUCCUCAUUCAGCCGUGCUCAUUCCUUCUUCUUCUUCCUCGCCGAUGCACUCGCCAGCCCCCCCCAGCCUAGUCUCACCGGCCGCAAUGCCUGGGUCGGAGGCGGGAUAUGGAGCCUCCACUACGCCUCAGGACCGGGAGAUUUCAUCGGGCUUGUUUCGCUCCAAAAGUACUUCAGCGAACCGUCCUACGAGGAGGAGCACAUGGUCAACACCCUUAUCAGGUGUCACACCGAAGCGGGCCAACACUAUGGAUUGUCAAAUGUCCGAAGCUACUUUGGAGCGCCUGCAGCCUCAGGACUCACCCAGCCCGCCGAUCCCCCGUGUGCAUUCGGUCGCGUCUCUUCACGCCCCUGUGCGCCGCCGUAGCAUUUUACGGACUCCUGGACUAGCUACUCGAGCUGCAACCGAAGAGACAAUGCCCCGAAAAUUCAGCUUCAGGCAGAGCCAUCCUGCCACGCCAGCCAGUACUCGCUCGAGGUGCGACUCCGUGGUCUCGACCCCGAAUUAUUUGUCUUUGCCUUCGCCCUGUCUCAAUCCACGUGUCCAGGUGGACAUCGUGCAGACCCCUUCCGAGGCGGAAUACAAGCAAUUGGGAGCUAUGCAGUUUGGCUCCUUAAGAAUCACCAACGGAACGGCCAGCCCUGCCCCAAGCACCGAGGGUGAGGCCGUGGAUAAAGGUCAAAGCCAGGGUGUGACAAUGAAGCCGGGACAGGUCCAGAGCGCAGGCCACGCCGAGAAUCAGAUGGAGGGCUUGGCCCUUAUGCAACCCGAGCCAUCCAAAGAUGCCUUGCCUCUAGUUGUCUCGGAAGUUGAAAUGAGCGAAUACGGACACGCUAAUGUCUGGUCAGAGUCGGAAGGUUUCUCCAACGAGGUGCCUGAGAUUCGACAAGAUUCAACACCAAGUCCCAUCGUACGGGAACAACGCGACAAGUCGGACAAAAGGGCGCAUCUCGAUUUCCCCCAGGCUGACAGCGGCAUUGUCGCUAAUCCGACGGAUUAUGUACCAGGGGUUCUUUCUAAGACAGACUCCGGAUACAGCUCCGCUACGUCUUUGAGGUCGCUGCGCUCCAAGUCCAGCAAAAAGGGAAAUGGUCUUGGUGCCCAAGAAACGCACAAAGCUGAAUCUGAAGUGUCGGAUGGUUCGUCGUCCACUGCUGAGGGCAGAAUGUCGACCAUCUUAGCAGAUUGGAAGUCUCCAGGCUUAGCGGCGGCGGAAAUGCCUCCCUCCGAACAGCCACGAGAUGGUCACGCGUCUGUUACCGGUCAUAAAAACACCGGAGUCGUCCCCCAUCCCCAAGGACAUGGUGCCUCUCAGCCAAGGAAACUGCGUCGCAAGAGCCAGUCUCUGUUGCUUACUGCUAGCCAUGGGCGACCAGGACUUCUGUCUUCCCAGUCUGAACAUCCGGGGUCUCUGGGCUUGGACGAUUCAAGCCCGAUCUUGAAUGUAGAACCAGGCCCCAGCAAGAAAUACAGAUUCCAGUGGUUGAUGGGUGGCCCCAAAGCGAACGGGCACCCCGCUCUACAACCCAUGCCGGGGAACAGGAAGACAAUGGUUUCAGUUCUCCAAGACUCGGGUCCCAAUUAUUCAAAGCACGGCGACCAGCUCUCAAUAAUUGACAGACGUGCCACUCUACAUUCCCCACGGAGCCGAGACACACUCCAGACGAUCUUGAGCGAUGGGAGCGCAGGACUUCUGGGAGACACAUCCGUGUCCAGGGCAAAACCGCAGCCUAGCACCCGUGAAGGAUCGAAAGUGCUCCGCCGUCACUCCUCCCAAUCAUCGUCGACCACGCCGCUGUCACUAUCCUUGACUCCAAAGCCGAGCAUCCGUCGAAAGCCUUGGUCAUGGGGACAAAAGUCAAAGGCGGAGGAGGUCCAGCUACUUGAUGGAGGUGACUGGGUCAAGAACAGCUUCGAAUCCAGCGUUACUAGCAUCGACUCGAUCAGCAGCAGUGUGGGGAAGAGCGCUUUCGACCAGGCUUUUGCGGCCAUGUCUGACAAGUCCAACGAUGAGUUGCCGCCUUCAAAGCUAUCAUCCAUGACGAUGCCUGUCCCGACUGAGCGAAUCCUGAAUUUGAGGAGGAAAUCGUCAUCAGGAUCCAGGUCUCCCGGUCGCAUCUACGUCUCGUCUUCUCGAAGCUCACCAAUCCCCGAAGUCCCCGGCAUGCCGCCGCAGAAUGUCACCAAAGCAAAGACGCCUCCUCCCGUCAGCUUGCGGCGGCACAACUCCAAGGCAUUUCGGCUGCCACGACGACCGCAAUCCACUCCUGCCGACCCAACUCACAGAAACUCUGAUCGGCCUUCCAGUCGAGGCAGUUCCAACAACGAGAAGGGACCAGCGCCACCACCAGUACCUCCAAUGCCCUCGAAGAAACCGGCUCAGUAUCCAGAGCUUCAGCACCUCAAAACGUCUGCCAACCCGGACUACGAUGCAUGGCGUCCAAAACAGCUUAGUCGCCGGCACUCGGUAGGGGACAAUGCCGGUGCCGCCCCCGAACUCCGCCGACCUGCGAGCGCGGAUCAUGGUGCAGGGCUGGGCCGGCCAACCGGCCCGCGUCAACGUGCCAGUUACGAUGGUCUGGGCAAGGACCGUCAGCGUUGUCAAUAUGAUCCACCGCAAACCAGGCACAAUCCGGUGUCGCAGAAUCCGACGCAAAGCGGCAGCUACUAUCAGAAUCAACUCUUGCGAAUUGAGCGAAAUUCGUUGGGCGAUGAGCCAUGGAGGCAGCAGAGGCACUCGUUCGGCGGCCGGGCCAGACACUCUCGUGCCGGGGUACAGGGGACCCAGGGGCCCUACCGGAUCCUUCACAGCUAUAAUUCACCGGCAUACCGUAAUGUUCCAAUCUGGGGUUGAAUAAUUCACCGGCAUACCGUAAUGUUCCAAUCUGGGGUUGAAAACCCGAAAUAGUUGACUUGAGAGACUGUUCUUGGCACCAUUGACCUUGACUU